CUGAGCGACUCUCUUUUUCGAACUUUCAACAACUACAGAAGCGUCGGCGGUGGCGGCGGUGGCGUCGGCGGCCAUUGGCAACGUUUUCGAGUUCUCUAGGCUUUCAUCAGAGGAGAAGCCGGAUCCAUUCACUCAUCUCUUUCGCUCGUCUUGUGUUCUCUUCCCUUGGAUUCACGGCAGACGCUUCCGCGGGAAGUUCUUGUGGCGCUCAAAAUCUGUUCCAUUUGCGCCCUAAGAGGAGUUCCAAAGUGCUCAACAUACUCGCAACGUGCUCUGUCCAAGUCCUUGGAAAUAUUGACACCAAUCCAAUAUCGUUAAGUGCUGUCGAUUCAUCACAUCAUAGGACGUCAUGGUCAUUAAAGAUUCUCAAGUGGAAUUGGGAAAGAACAACAAAGUUGGAUGCACAUUGAUCCCGAAGGACAACCCAUGCCCACAAACAACACCAUCCCCUCCUACACAUGCAAGCUCCGCCGGUGUCAAUGGGCCAUUUCCAUUCACCUCGCCCAACAGACCGACAUCGUUGGACUUGAACAAAAGUCAGACACGCUCGAAACAUACCUCGAAGAAGAACGUGUUUUCCAAAUUGGUGCUUCCCCCAGCCAUUAUCAAUGAGACCUCAUUCACUUCUCAAGGUGGUUCUUCGUCUAAGCGAAAAACGGAUCCCAAACGGCGGAAAAGUGAUAUUGUGCGUGGCUCCGGAGGCUUUCAUAAGCGGUCAACCUACGUGACUCUGGUCUCGCAAGGUGCCAAUGUUGAUGGAACAAGUGAUGGCGAAGAGAGCGACACGGACUCUGUGGAGCUUGAGGACUACUGUGGACAUGGUGGGCAAAUUGAUGAGGACAUAUUGCCCAACGACCGUCCUGGUGACAUCACCGACGGGCUUUUGUUCAAUAUAUUCAUCGGACUUGCUAUCAUGGUGGUAGUCCUGUGCAUUGGUUCGGCCAUGCUAUAUACUGUUCAAAAGAUAAUGGUGGUUUCGUCUCAUCGAAAAUCGGUGCACUCCCUCUAUGAUGGUCGGGUGGCUGUAUCUGCUUUUUCGUCGGCUGCAAUGGACAGUCCUUUUAUUACCAAACUACUUCACCAUCGGAACCACAUGAUCCAUUCUACAGAUCUCAGCUCGUACCUGUCAGUGGAACACUUGGAAAAGGCAACCACAAUAAAACGAGGAACAACCAAAGUAAGGCCUAAUCCCACACAAGCGCCUUCUCUAGCAGUGGUUGAAAGCUAACAAGUCCCAUGGAGUGAACAAGGAGAGCUUCACUACGUAGAUGGACCACCAUAACCACCGCCGAUGUCGCGACCAACACCGCAGCCUCUAUUAUCUUCGAUGUCAAAUGACCUGGAAAUGUGAAAUGUGAUACGAUAAAAUUGAAUGGAAGUUUUCGGAGCGAUGAGGAUCUCCAAGUGCGACGGUGGUGUUUGCAAAAAUGGUUCAGCUUCAGGAGCGAGAAUACGAUUUGAAGUUCGAAAGUUCGACCUUGAGCCAUGCAAAAUGGUCUUUUUUCGAUUCUGUUUCCAGCAAAAUCUAGCAUUAAACCCACAUGCUAGUGAAACAAAUGCAAAUGCUUCCUUCUAUAGUUGUUUAAUUAAAAUGUUAUCUUAUUCCGAA